AUGCAAUUCGACACUGCUUUGCUUCAUGCAUCGAGCAAGGAGACGUGCGACUUGUCGAAUCCUGGUGAGGCAACGCGGAAACGCUGUGAACGGAGCUGCACGGAAUUGAAUGCAUUUCUUCGCAUGCGCACAGACUUCGAGGCGAUCGAUGUGAACGUCUUGCGGGCAGCGGGUGAGAUGAACAGAAGCUUGCUUUUCUCGCAGCUGGCCAGUGAGAUCAAGAAAGCUGCCGUUCAAGAGCUGGUGCUGAAGAACAUGUCAGGCAGGAUCGCACGGGAGGAGUUGUGCACAGUGCAGAUUAGGAGACAGCAAAGCGUGGAGGCGGUCAUGUCUUCUCAAGCUUGGAACGAGCUGCCCUUCGGUUUGCUCAUGCAGUGGAUUCACGAGUUGUCGGAAGUUGCGGACUUCUUCCGCACCACCAGGGCCCCUGGCAUUCUCGGGCUUGGCGGUGCCCCAAGUGCUUCCCGCGACGCAUCAGCGGGGACGUCGGGGCUGACCAGCAUGUACGGUCUCUUCACGCUGAUGGGUCAAGCCGAGGUCCCCCUUUUUGAGCUGCUAGACCGCCUGGACAGCCAAGUCCUCGAGGAGAUCUACUUGCCGGAUUCAGUGACCCACAGCGCCUCGCCCUUCUAUGUGCACGUGCUCCCGACACGGAAUGUCGAGUCAAAUCACGUGCGGACGUUCUUCAAUCUGCAUUGUGACAAAACCUUCAAGGACCUCGUUUCGGAGCAUCGAAGCCUACUGCGGCCGCUGACCGUCGUGGAGAUCGGAAGCCAUUUGGGAGGCUGCAUUUUAUGGGCCUUGACACACCUGUCAGAAAAGACCAGUGGCCUCGCUGUGGAUGCCUACCCUCCCGCAGUCGCGGCACUGCGCCGCACUGUGCAACAGAACCAGCUGUCA